AAUUAUAAAAGACACAAUUGCAAGUGUUAUAAAAAUAUAAAAAAUUCAAGGAAUAUAUAUAUUAGUAUUUUUAUCAUAAGUAUAUUUUGUAGUGUUAGUCAUAGUUAGAGGAAAAAAUGGAGGGAAAUGAUAGCGUGAGGGGCAUAUUGAAGGUUGGGGCCAAUGUGGUUGACAAUAUCAUAUUGAAGACGGCCAAGUUCGAUGAGAUGAACGUUUUGGCGACCUUUCAUCCGGCGAACAAGGACUACGGCCACAUGAUUAUCGAUGAGCCGAAGACGCCGUUUGUCUUUGAUGAAGACUUGCCACAUGAUCUGGACACGACCACGCUGAUGGAGAAGCUGCGCCUGGCCGCAUUAUCGGAGACGCCGGCUUUUGGCAUUGAUGUCGACUCGGACGAUUCGUCGGUGGACGAAGACUAUCCGGAAUCGGUCGAUGAGAAGGUGCGUCGCCUGGAGUUCGAGCGUCGUCGCAAACUGCACUACAAGGAGUUUCUAUCGGUGCCGCUGGCGCGUCGCCUCAUUGCCCUGGAGUUCGGCGACAUGAUCAGCUCGGAGAUCAGCAUAAAGGAUGAGACGGUGCCGGACAUGGAGAGCUGCUCGUUCGAGACGUGUGUCAAUGAAGAAUCCGGCCGUAGCAUUUUAGGGUCCCCGGGCUCAUUGGGCUCCAUGCCGACGUCGAGGCACAGCUUAGAAGAAUUACAAGAACCACCAGUAAUCGAGCCGGGUUUCGCCAAAGAUCAUCCCUGUUAUCAAAAGCUUAUGGCCGAAUUGAAUUUAUUGCCAGAAGUCACGCCCAUUCGACAGUCGGUGACAAUAGCAGCCGGAGACCCUGCAACGGCAGAGGAUGAUCAGAAGUUAGGAAAGGAAACGGCGGAGCAGCCGGCGCCAAGAACUACCUAGGCCACAGGACGGACUAAAAGGACUAUAGAUCUCAUCUGGCAUUUGAAGCUAAUUUAUGUUAUGCAUUUUGAUGUUCUCCUGUUCAAAUUAAGACUGCCUGCUAGCGAUGUCUAUUAAAAUUGUUACGUUCAAGUGAA